CUUUGAGCAACGGAACGAUGGCGUCGACAUCAUCUGAACUGCUAGCGCUCUCUGCGACGACGGUGGUGAUCCAUCCGCUCGUGCUGCUAUCUGCAGUCGACCAUGCGAGCCGAGCCGCGAAAGGAUCAAAGAAACGAGUCGUCGGUAUUUUGCUCGGCCAAGAGACCAAAGGCAAGAUCAAUGUCACCAAUUCGUAUGCAGUGCCGUUUGAGGAGGACGAGAAAGACCCAAGGACAUGGUUCAUGGACCAUAAUUACAUUGAGAACAUGAACGACAUGUUCAGGAAGGUGAACGCUCGUGAGAAGAUCGUGGGGUGGUACCACUCUGGGCCAAAGCUACGCUCGAGCGAUCUAGAGAUCAAUGAAGUCGUCAAGCAAUUUAGUGCACGACCUACCAUGGUCAUCAUUGACGUCAGGCAGAGCGAAGCAGGCGGCUCGAUACCCACAGAAGCGUAUUUCUCCGUCGAGGAGAUCAAAGAUGAUGGAACAGCAACCCAAAAGACAUUCAUGCAUAUCCCAUCGGUCAUAGAAGCAGAAGAGGCAGAAGAGAUCGGCGUCGAGCAUCUCCUGAGAGACAUCAAGGAUCUCUCGACAGGCACACUCUCUUCUCGCGUCUCAAAUCAGCUCGCCUCGCUGCAAGGUCUCAGAGCUCGUCUGGACGAGAUCCGGGACUAUCUCAAUCAGGUCGCUCUGGGAGAGCUGCCGGUCAACCACCAGAUUCUUUACAACCUACAAGAUAUGUUCAACUUGCUGCCUGCGCUCGAAACGGCAGAGAAACUACCGCCGGGCGCUCUCGAAUCGGGUGCCAAGAGGCCGUUCACUGUUGCUACGAACGACCAGCUUCUCGUCAUGUAUCUCUCUUCUGUCAUCAGAACCGUCAUCUCUUUGCACAAUCUAGUAAACAACAAGAUGGAGGCGGAGCAACACGACGGAGAAGCAACAGAUGCGUCCAAAGCUAACGGCUCGGCUACGCCGGCAGAAAAAGCCAAGCUGGCUCCCUUGCCCGAGAAGAAGGGUGAAGAGAGCAAACGAGAUCAAGACAAGGGCUUGUAGAGACUUGCAUACGCCCAGCUGCAUAACAACAUCACUAGAACUUGAACCUGUCUCGAUCCCGUCCUGAGCUGCCUCC